AUGCUAUUGAAAACUAAAAGCUUGGGACCACGUAAACUUUUUUCAACCUGGUCUAUUUUGACUCACGAGAAUCCUUUAGGAAUACCAAGAGUUGCCGGUAAACCAAACUCAAUACCAAAGGCGUCAAAGGGCUUACCAAUACGACAGAAAAUUCCCAACGUUUCUAACAUAAUAUUAGUCUCAUCAGCAAAAGGAGGAGUUGGUAAAUCCACUGUAUCUGUAAAUACUGCAUUGGCAUUGUACAGUCUAGGUAAAAGAGUUGGAAUACUAGAUGCAGAUAUAUUUGGUCCUUCAGUGCCUAAACUAAUGAACCUAAAGGGUGAACCAAGAUUAUCUAAUCUGGGUAAAUUACUUCCUUUAUCCAAUUAUGGUGUGCAAACCAUGUCGAUGGGAUAUUUAAUUGACGAGAAACAAGCAAUAACGUGGAGAGGUUUAAUGGUCAUGAAGGCAUUGCAGCAAUUGCUUUUUGAGGUCGAGUGGUCACCAAUUGACUAUCUCGUUGUAGAUAUGCCUCCUGGUACAGGUGACACACAAUUAUCAAUUGGACAAUUGUUGCAAAUAACGGGAGCAAUAAUUGUUAGCACACCUCAAGACAUUGCUUUAAUUGAUGCAGUGAAAGGUAUUACAAUGUUUAAUAAAAUCAAUAUUCCUAUAAUAGGUAUGGUUCAAAACAUGAGCCAUUUUAUAUGUCCUAAUUGCAAACACGAGUCUCACAUAUUCAAAAGCAAAGGUGCUGAAAAAGUGGCAUUGGAAAACAAUUUAAGAGUGUUAAGCUCCAUACCUUUAAAUGAAGAGAUAUGUGUUCAAAGUGACGUUGGAAAACCAAUAGUUAUUUCUGAUCCCAACUCAGAUAUAGCCAAGCCAUAUUUCGACAUAGCCAAAGCUAUUGUUGAUUUCAAAUAG